AUGAGGGUACGCAUCGUACUUCAAUCCUUGUUUGCCGUCGCGGUGCAGGCUUCUAAUAGUGGUGCGCCGUGGAAGAUUGAAAACUGUUCCAAAUUCGCACAUUCGCUUCAGAAGACCGGUGAUCACGGCGCGACAAUCCUCAAUGCCAGUUAUGUACCAGAAAGCAGUCUCAACGUGAGCGGUACACUCAACACCAUUCCCUUGUGUCGCUUGUUUGGCCAGGUUCCGUACGCGAACAACAAUUCUGUCGGGUUUGAGCUGUGGUUGCCAACGACGGAAAAGUAUGACGGUCGAAUUGUAGUCGUGGGUGGUGGUGGAAUGGCGGGUAUCGUUUCCGACGGAGACAUGAUGCGAAAUCUCAAUAAAGGAUUCGCUGUAGCGGGCGGCGACGCGGGGCAUUUGGCCUCUAAUAACAACAACGGGGGUGGUGCUCCAGGCGUGUAUCUGCCGUAUAUGCAUGACGAAGAGCAGGUUAAAGCCUGGAUACACAAUUCGAUCGCCUAUAUUGCACCACCUGUGAAAAAAAUAGCGGCCGCGUUUUACGGUAAAGCCCCGAAGUACAGCUACUACGAGGGCUGCUCUACAGGCGGUGCCCAAGGCUUUGCACUGGCUCAAUUCCAUCCGCACCUCUUUGAUGGUAUUGUAGCGGGGUCUCCAGGGAAUUGGUAUUCUCAUUUAGCGCUUUCUUUCCUCUGGAACGCUCAGGUAACUCAGGGCUCGAGUUCCCUACCGCAAAGCACACUUAAUCUCAUAACCCAAGCAGUUCUAGAUAAAUGCGACGCAAUCGACGGAGUAAAGGACGGGGUCCUUGAAAAUCCCUUGUUAUGCGAUUUUGAUAUCUCUUCAUUAGAGUGCAGUUCCUCAGAGACGAACACAUCUUCGUGUCUCACGCCAAACCAAGUAUCGGCGGCGCAAAAGAUAUACGAAGGACCCGUAGAUUCGCGAUCAAAUGUCUCCCUAUACCCAGGAUUCUCGGUAGGGAGCGAAACGGAGUGGACGAUGCAGGAGGGGGUCCUAGCGGACGCGUUCGCUAUACCGAUCUUGCAAAAUAUGGUAUUCGACAAUCUGUCGUACGACCCUUUUACAUAUAACUGGGGAUCCGACGUAGAUGCGCUCAAUGAGAAAGUAGGUACGUAUAUCGACGAGAUCAACCCGAGCUUAUCUACUCUGAAAGCGACUGGCGCCAAAAUGAUCGUGUAUCAAGGUUGGGCUGAUCCAUAUAACGCCGCGACGUGGCCGAUUCAACAUCUUCAACAAAUCGAGGAAGUUUUUGGUGGUGAUGUAAGCGAAUGGUUUCGACUAUUUAUGGUCCCAGGUGGUGGCCAUUGCGGUUCGGCUACCAAUUAUCCCCAGGUCCCCGGGACAUGGCAUGCGCUUGACGCCCUUAUACCAUGGGUUGAGACAGGGCAUGCACCAACUGAAGUUAUAGGGACUGAUCCGCUGGAUAAGAGCCUAAAAGGAAAGACUAGUAGGCUUUGUCCCUGGCCUCAGACAGCCAAAUUCCGUGGCGGCGAUCCAAAUGACUGGAAGUCGUUUGAUUGUGAAGUAUAG